AUGAUGUUACCUGCCUACAGCCCUAGGUUCGUUCCCCUCGUCCUCCUCCUCCUCCUCCUCCUCACUUCCAUCACCUGCAAUGCUAGCCUGGCGUCACCUCGACGCCAAGUGCACCUCGCCUCGAGCUUGGCCACAUCGGAUGAGUCAAGUGCAGACCCAACGGCGGCACUAAGUCCCUCCAGACAGCGCCAAUUUCGGGACCUGGUUUCACCCGGGGGUCGCCGACUUCUGGAAGCUGCAGCGUACGCGCUGGACAAUGCUCGCUCGGUUACCGCUGCUCCGGAGGACCGAAGGCAAAUUGCCCCAUCUCGACUCUUGCAACGCUCAUCUGCGCUUGACUUGAACCUCCGGAUGGUCGAUAGGGACGAGACCGCAUCCGUGCUGGGGGACAUAACAAAUGCCGGAAUGCUCGCACGCACGUACCUGCAGCUGCCGCCCUCCCCUCCACGGCCACCGAGGCCGCCGCCUCCAUCACCCAAGCCACCACCGCCCUCCCCAAGGCCGAUGCCUCCCUCACCUGUGCCCCCCAGUCCCUUCCCCAGCCCUCAACCUCCCUCGCCCGCACCAAGCCCUCCGAAACCACCUGCUUCACCACCUUACAACAGCUCCUCCGAUGAUUACGCCACCGACGCAUCGGAUGUCUUCGUCCCCUUUCGGAACGACGGCCCUGUCAGUCUGCCCCUUUUGAUGGACAACUAUCCUGAGGCAAAUGGGCAGUGGGUUUUGAAAGCGGUGGGCAACGUUGUGGCGGUGCACAUGUCGUUGAUUCCUGGUACGGACAAGUUCUUUUUCAUGGAGCGCCCCAGCGGUCGCCAUCCAGACAGGAGCAGCAAUAUUGUGGGCUAUUACGACUACCUAACCAACCGCUUCACCAAUAUCAACUACACGGACUCCGUGUUCUGUGCGGGACACACCGUAACGCAGGACGGGCACGUGAUGAUUGUCGGCGGGCACAUCUCCAAAUCAGGCUAUGGUGAUGGACUUAAAGCCGUACGCAUUCUCUCCCGCAGGACAGCUACUCUGUACCGCAUCACUAAUAUGUCGUACCCCCGCUGGUACCCCACCGCGACUCUGCUGCCCAGCGGCAAGGUCACCAUUAUGGGCGGCACCGUACUGCCCGGAGCGGGUAGUGCUAAGAAUCCCAUUUAUGAGAUCUGGGAUCCGGCUAAUCCGACGCAACUAGACGUCCGGAGGCAGUCGGCAGGGCUGGUCUCUCAGACCAAAGACAUCUACUACCCGAAUACGUAUGUGCUACCCACCGGCGACCUUUUAAUCAUGUGCGCUGCAUACGGGGAGAUCACGGAACCCUUAAGUGGCACCUUGCGCACCGUGCUGCCCAGUUGGUCGAACGUGGCAGGAGAUCUGCAGCUCGAGUAUCCUUACGCUGGCACAAGUGUCAUGUUGCCGCUCACACCCUAUAACAAUUACACGCCCGAGGUGGUUGUUUUUGGCGGUCAGUACGACAAGGCGCGGAUCAACACCACAGCCAGCAGGCUGGCGUUGAGGUUGAAGGUGUCGUACAAUGCCACCACAAACCUGUAUUCUUUUGGAGGCGGUUGGACUGCUGAGAAGAUGCCUCUGCCUCGCGUGAUGGGGGAUGCGGUGGUGCUGCCCAACGGCAAAGUUGUGGUGCUCAACGGAGCGGUGCUCGGUGUUCCGUUGCUUUUCAUCAUGCUCUGCUACACAACAUACCACAUGGGAGAGGUACGGUACUGGUGGACCACCCCCGGCGGCAUCUCCAAGUCACCCACGAGCUUUGCUGAGUACCGCAUCGAGGUGUUCCGGCCGCCAUGCUGGUUUAACGUAACUGCGAAGCCACAAAUCAUUUCCAUGGAUGCCGCCACGUGGGAUGAAUACGACAGCGUCAACGUAAUGCAGUACGGGGAGCCUUUUGCGUUGCAGUACAGCAUGUUUUAUGCAAACGACACGGUCACAUCUGCAGUGCUGGUUUCGCCUGGUUCAACAACCCACUCGACAAACAUGAACCAGAGAGUGGUGGGUCUGGAGAUUUUGGCCCAGGACGUGGAUGCCCGUCGUCUCGUGCUCAAUGGCCCUCCCGACAUCAACAUCGCGCCGCCGGGCUGGUACAUGCUGUUCCUGCUGAACGGAGAUGUGUACGGCCAGAGUGCGUGGGUACGGCUUCCCGUCUCCGAUUUUUGCUCGACCUGUCUCAUUGGAGCCAGCCAUCUGAGUGCAACAUGUCGCACCAUACACAUAAUGGCGCGGUCAAACCGUGUCACGCCGGGGGCCAGCCACAAGCCACCCAGCCGACCGCCCCCUCGGAAGCCGUCGCCCCCGCCCCCGAAGCCGCCGCCGCCGUCCUCACCGCCCCCGAACUCACCCCCCAGCCCGCGGCCCCCGUCUCCGCAACCCAGUCCCCCCAAGCCCCCAGCCUCGCCGCCGUACAAUGCCACUUCUGACGACGAGGGGCCUGGGCCCAGCGAUGGCAACUCGAGCACCCCGGGGGAUGGUAACGUCAACUUACCCAUUGUACCGGACAACCAACCUGACGCGUACGGGCAGUGGAUUCUGAAAGCGGUGGGCAACGUCGUCGCCGUACACCUGUGCAUGGUACCCGGUACGGACAAAUUCUUUUUCAUGGAGCGCCCCAGCGGCCGCCACCCCGACGGCGGCAACAACAUAGCCGGCUAUUACGACUACCUAACCAACCGUUUCACCAACGUCAACUACACGGACUCCGUGUUCUGUGCGGGACACACUGUAACGCAGGACGGCCACGUGAUGGUGGUUGGUGGGCACAUUGCCAAAUCAGGCUACGCCGACGGGCUCAAGGGCGUCCGCAUCUUCUCACGCAGGACACUCACCUUCAAGAGGAUCACCAGCAUGUCGUACCCCCGCUGGUACCCCACCGCGACUCUGCUGCCCAGCGGCAAGGUCACCAUUAUGGGCGGCACCGUACUGCCCGGAGCGGGUACCGGUAAGAACCCUAUCUACGAGAUUUGGGACCCGGCCAACCCGACCGUUCUAAUCACGAGAAAUCAAUCCAACGGUCUUGUCACCAAGACCAACGACAUUUAUUAUCCCAACACGUACGUCUUGCCCACGGGCGAUCUCUUCAUCUUCUGCAACCGUUAUGGCGAGAUUACGGAGCCGAUGACGGGCACUGUGCGUACGACACUGCCCAGCUGGUCCACUGUAGCUAAGGGCAUUUUCACCGAAUACCCCUUCACGGGCACCAGCGUCAUGCUUCCGCUCACACCCGACAACGGAUACACGCCUGAAGUGGUCUAUUUUGGUGGUCAGUUCAGCUAUGGCUGGAUCAACACCACAGCCAGCAGGCUGGCGCUGAGGAUUAAGGUUGUUUAUGACCCGGCUACCAGGAAUUACACAUUUGGUGACGGUUGGACUGCCGAGAAGAUGCCUCUGCCUCGUGUGAUGGGGGAUGCGGUGGUGCUGCCCAACGGCAAAGUCGUGGUGCUCAACGGAGCGGUGAAAGGGCUGGCGGGCGACAGCGCUUCGGGCGGUGUUGCCAAGGCCAACGAGCCCAACCUGUGGCCCGUACUGUACGACCCUGAUGCACCUUCUGGAAGCCGCAUGCGGCUCAUGUCCCGUUCCAUGAUACCGCGGCUCUACCACUCGACGGUGUCGUUGACCACAGACGGGUCGCUUUUGGUGGCGGGGUGCGACCGAUGCGACAAGUACUGGUGGACCACCCCCGGCGGCAUCUCCAAGUCACCCACGAGCUUUGCUGAGUACCGCAUCGAGGUGUUCCGGCCGCCAUGCUGGUUUAACGUCACUGCGAAGCCACAAAUCAUUUCCAUGGAUGACGCCACGUGGGAUGAGUACGACGGUGUCAACGUAAUGCAGUACGGGGAGCCUUUUGCGUUGCAGUACAGCAUGUUUUACGCAACCGACUCGGUGACAUCUGCAGUGCUGGUUUCGCCGAGUUCAACAACCCACUCGACCAACAUGAACCAGAGAGUGGUCGGUCUGGAGAUCUUGGCCCAGGACGUGGAUGCCCGUCGUCUCGUGCUCAAUGGCCCUCCCGACAUCAACAUCGCGCCGCCGGGCUGGUACAUGCUGUUCCUGCUCAACGGAGAUGUGUACGGCCAGAGUGCGUGGGUACGGCUUCCCGGUACGGCACCGCGGCUGGACGACUUUUUUGCAACACUGAAGUGAAGUGGAAGCAUCGAUGAAAUGCGGAGGGGUUGAACUACGUUUGGAACUACGCCAUUUUUGAUGUUGGACGGCUGGUUUUUGUACUUUAAUGAUCAACGAUGGUCACGCCGGCCAAGUUGACUAACCUGCCAACCGUUGCGUUGCCAGCGACUGACUUUGGCCCUCAUAGUCCGCAUUCUCAUUCUUGAAUUAAUUCCAGACCGCUGGCACAUACACGAGCUCUUGCCUCUCACAUGGUAUGUAUGAUGACAGCUUGUUCCGAUUCUUUUCUUAUUGCCGUUGCUUUUCUUUAAUCUUAGUGGGGUCCAUGGCUGCUUCGGUAAGCCUUGUUGUUGUACUAGUCGAUGAAUUAGAGGUUCCUGGACCAGUUUGGCACGACGUUUGCAUGAAAUAUUGCA